AUGUGCACGCGGGAAGCUGAAGCGGUUGAGUCUGCCAUUGCGUGCGUGUCCAUGGAGUUCGGCAAUCCCGGGUGGGUUAACCCGCUUAGUGCCGAGCCGGGUGGCUUCGGGGGUGUGCCCAAAGAUGAUAUUUGGGGCCAUCCCCCUGCUGGCUUCGGAGGUGUGCAGAAGGAUGAAGUCCGGGGGCCUCCACCCACCAGUUUUGGGGGCGUGCCGAAGGAUGAGAUUUGGGGCCAUCCCAGGCCGGGUGGAUGUGGGGGGACCCAAGUUGCUCCAGCAGGGGCGGAUAGCCUCAACCCAUACCAGCAGCAGUACGCCCAGGAUGCGAAGUCUCGCAUGGACAGCUUCGCCUUCCAGGGAGGGCCCGGCCCUGCCGCUCCGCCUGCGCAGGCACAGGCUCCAAACCAUAUGCCUAGUUUUCAAGACGGAUUCGCCCAGCCACAAGCUUCCAUGCAAGGAGCGACCGAGCACCACAGCGGGAUGCGGCAGCAGCCGAUGCCCGAAUCCAAUGCCUUGUUUGCAGCGCCGGAAGGCAGUGCCCCCCGCGGCUUCAAUGAUCCAGCACAUGCGCGGCCUCCCUUCGCAGCGCCCAUUCCCCCUCACCACUUCAAUGAUCCAGCACAUGUGCGGCCUGGCAUGCAGCAUCAGCAUCCCCCCCAAAACAGCUGGCCACAGAAUCCACCGACUUUUUCCAACCAGUUUGCCCGCCAGCAAAACGGGUCGAGAGAACCACGAGGUCAAGCGUGCCAGAGUCUGCCAACAGCACAGAACGGACCGGGCCGAUUCCCUCCUGCACAGGACCUCUUCGGAGCGAACUUAGCCGGGCAGAUGGGAGCCCCUCCCACACAGGACCUUUUCGGAGCUCCAGUCCAGGCACCCGGACAGAUGGGAGCAGCACCUCAAGACCCCUUCGGAGCUCCUUCCUUCGCGCCAGGACAGAUGGGAGCCCCCUUCCAAAACCCGAUGGAGGCACCCCAGGAGACAAAGCAGUGCACCUGCGGACAGACAAUUACGCUGCUCACCGUACGCAAGGAAGGCCCUAACUUAGGCCGUACCUUCUGGAAGUGUCAAAGCUGUGGCUUCUUCCAGUUCUCGGACGAGCCACCACGGGGACCACAGGGAGGAGCUCCUGGGCAACCGCCAGCUGUGGCAGAUGGGCCGCCGUGCUUUUGUGGCCAGCCGAGCAUGGGCCUGGUGGUGCGCAAGGAUGGCCCGAACCAAGGGAGGCCCUUCUUCGGCUGCGCGCAGCGCACCUGCCA